UCCGCAAAAGCAAAUUUUGACAGUACUUUUCACUUCUCACCGGUACCGGAAAAAGCAAUGUGUGGUGGUGCCAUAAUCUCCGAUUGGAUACCGCCGUCUCGAUCUUCGAGCCGACUCACCGCCGACCAGUUAUGGGGUUGCGCCGACCUGCAAAACAAGAAGAGGAACAAGAAGAAGAGGAAUCCUUCCAAUUACCACUCUAAGCGCUUGAGAUCUGAGAAUGUAGACUUUGAAGCUGAUUUUCAGGAUUUUAAGGAUUUUUCUGAUGAUGAAGAAGCUUAUAGUUUUGAUAUCAAACCCUUUGUUUUCUCUGCUUCUGAACUCUCUGGAACCUCUGCUGGAUCCAAAUCACUGCUAUCUGUUGAUGCAAACAAGGAAGUUGAGAAAUCUGCGAAGAGACAGAGGAAGAAUCAGUAUAGGGGGAUCAGAAAGCGUCCUUGGGGUAAGUGGGCAGCUGAAAUACGUGAUCCACAGAAGGGGGUCCGAGUUUGGAUUGGAACUUUUAAUACUGCAGAAGAAGCUGCCAGAGCUUAUGAUGCUGAAGCUAGGAGGAUCAGAGGCAAUAAAGCUAAAGUAAACUUUCCUGAUGAAGCUUCAGUGCCUGCCUCGAGGCAAGCUGGUAAGGUGAAUCCUCGGAAGGUUCUUUCUGAUGAGAGCUCUAACCCAGUUCCGCCCAACACCAUGCUUAUGAACAACUUGAAUAGUGGAUAUUGUGACAAUGUGGGCCUGCUCGAAGAGAAAACAAAGACUCUGAAUGGCUACGAAGCUUUGUGUGUGACUCCUGUAGAUACAGGACCUAACCCAUAUGCCCAUCCAGCUGCUGCUGGUGUUUACUUCAAUUCUGACCAAGGAAGUAACUCUUUUGGCCCCUCAGACUUUUGGGGAGAAACAUGUUCAAGGACUCCAGACAUAUCAUCUGUUCUGUCAGCUGCUAUAGAAUGCGAUGAAGCUCAAUUUAUUGAAGGUGUCGACCUGGAGGAGAAACCAAAAUCUUGUACCAACAAUUUGGGGCCUAAUAAUGUGAACACUGCACAAAAGCCACCUGAAGUAUUUUCAACUUUUGAAUCCCAGUUGAAGUUCUAUCAGACGCCAUACUCAGAAGGAAAUAUGGAUGUACCAGUCGAUGCCUUCCUCGAUUCAGAUGCUACUCAGGGUGUUGAAAAUGCUAUGGACCUUUGGUCCUUUGAUGAGCUUUCUUCUUUAAUGGGAGGCGUCUGAGAAUGUGUAACCUGCAGAUUCUCUGUAAAUAAGGGCUUCAUGUGAAGAUGAGGUGUCUGUGUUAAGGAGGAUGAUGACAAGUUGACAACCAUUCAAGCAUGUUUAGGAUUCCAUGGAUGGUGUACUGAGUAAGUGUUUUGGUUGUAUAGACCAAUAGGUGGGUAAUUAGUUUAUUAACAACUGUUGACAACAAGCUGAAGUUUCCAAAUUUUGCAUCAAUGUGGAUGAUAAUUGAUGGUUCAAAAUGCUUUAAUAUUUCACAACUUGGUUAUUCAUGGCUAGUUGCUUGACAUUGUUUAUCCUA